CUGAAAUACACACUCAGUGCAUGCAAGGACAGUACACACCGCUCAUGCUCGAAUUUAUAUAGUCAAUGAACCAGUCUAACGUAAACAACCUGCGAACGCUAACGUGCAUCUGCCAAAGGAUUUUGUACCGUGUUUUACCGUGUUUUUUGUAAUGGAAUUCGUUUUACCAUCGCCACCAUCAACACCACCAACACUGCUAAUUUCGGAAACGAGCCAAUCAGUGAAAGACAUCCCUACUGUCACCGCUACUGCUGGAUGCUUCACCAUGAGUCCUCGUCCCAUCGAGAAAUCUGACUUCGACGCCGUUCAGACUCUCUUGUCUAUGAGGAGCGUUCCUUCUCAAGUCACCAUCAAACGGAGCGAUUCUCCCGUGCCGUCGUCGUCAUCGCCGGUUCCAACCAGCUUCAACGCCCCGCUCUCACCGGUCUCUAUUGUCGACGAGAACAGUCAGCACCACCAUCCUACAGAGAUGAUGGACUUCACAACGGCCAGAAUGAGGGGGAUGGACACGCCGCCUCUCACACCCCCACCUAGCAAACCAACAGUCAUCACCGGUAUGCCCAUGAGCCACACAUUCUCUAUGCCACAAACCAGUAGCGCCAUCGUCAACACGCAGAGGAUCGCCUCGUGCAAUCUGGUCAGCAUCACCCCAAGCAUCAUGGCAUCUAAAGAGAUCCCCAGUAAAUGGACCAGGAUGGAUACCAUUCCGUCACAGUCUGUCCAAUCGCGGCUCUCUCCCAUCCCCGUCCCACAAACGCAAUCGACAUCGUGUUACAAUCGGGUUCCCGUCAUCAGCGAGACGAGGAGAGAUCUCAUGUCUGUGCCAGCGAUGUCGGCGCCGGGAUCGAGUCCUAGGCCAGUGCAGUUGAUGCCACAAGUGCAAGACUCCAGAAACUCUGUCCAACAACCUUGCGAGCCCCAGCCAAAAUACAUUGCCGUCAAUGGGUCUUUCCAGAUCCCAGUUUCGUGUCAAAAUGGACCUUCUGCAAUGCUUGCUAAGAGUACGGAACAAUCCCCAAACGUGCAAACGGUAUCUUUCAUCCAGAUUCCUCAGCAGAACACUCAAAUGAAAAGCAGCAAUGGACAGUCGGAUCAAGUCAAAACGGUCGUGAUGGCUGUCCCUGCGAAUGUCAUGGUUGUUGUGAACGGAAUGCACAAGUCGGAAGGACAGAAGCUGUGCCCUCUUGCCCCUGCACCUUCUCGGAGCACAUCACCAAUGUCAGACUGUAAGGCACCCAUGUCCCCUGCAGCUACAGAGUUCUCAAGAAGGAGGAAUCACAUCUGUAGCUUCCCGAGCUGUGGCAAGACCUACUUCAAGAGCUCUCAUCUCAAGGCCCACGUCAGAACUCAUACAGGAGAGAAACCGUUCCACUGUACAUGGGAAGGCUGCGACAAGCGAUUCGCCCGAUCUGACGAACUCUCGAGACACAAGCGUACUCACACGGGCGAGAAGAAGUUCCUCUGUCCCAUGUGCGAUCGCCGCUUCAUGAGAUCAGACCACUUAACCAAGCAUGCCCGACGUCACAUGGCAGCCAAGAAGGUUCCUAACUGGCAAUUGGAGGUCAGCAAACUCUCGACGAUGGCCGCCGAGAAUCGACAACAACCUCAGCAAAUGGUGCCCAUGAUCAUCACCAGCUCUUGAACACCCUUGUUGUUUUAAUAAGAGACAUAUAAACUGAGCCUUGUCUGGGGUUAUCCUCCAGCCGUUCCUGCUGUGUGCUGGCAACAAUCGUCAAAGUCAAAGACAUCUUGCUCUUCAGCUGGUGACUGAAUCGCGGGGAGAUUGGCAUGGUUUGACAUGCACGUCUUACCUUGAACUCAAAGCUCGAAAGAAGACUGAUUGAAAGAUAGUUAUAUAUAGAGAGAGGUGUAUAUCAACUUUAUAUCAUAGUGGAGAUAUCAUUCCUGCAUGUUUAGUAUAUAAGAACAAACGUUGGUGUCUUAUUCUAGUCAAAUGUGCUUUAGACAUGCAUGUAUUUUGAAAUACUUGUUGAUUUGUCUUCAUGUCAAGUAGACUGUAGCGAGACAUAGUUUGAUAUUUGAUAAACAAUAAUCUCAUAUGCAUAAUGUACACUGUACAUGUUGCAGGACCUCAGAAUCUUUCGGGUGUUCUGAAGCAAAAGUAAGGUAUCACUGGCCUAUUUACUAAUCCUAUUGUAAGGAAAGAAUCGAGGAAACAGACUUAUCUUUUCAGUCAAUCACUUUGUGAUUAGGGCUCGUGUAUACAAAUACAAAGCACACAUAAUACGCAAAGUCGGGUGAGCAAACUAAACGUUAUUAUUUACAUGUAUGCUGCUAUAUAUUUUAUAAGUCGACUUUGAAAUAUUAAGUAAACUGUGCUUUAAUGUCGUAAAGGAUUUGAUUUCGUGCUGGUAUCAUGAAAGCAAACAAAUCUCGUUUAGAUAAGUAUUUAUUGAAUCUACAACAAGAUAUUUCACGUCAUAAAUUUACGGAAAGGAAGUAUCAAAUAUGAAAACGGAAUGCUUAAACCUUAUUUUGCCAAAUUAUUUGCAGCCGCUGUACCGUACUCGGAUUUACAUUGUAACCGUUUUGCAUGCUACUACUUCGAAAAAUUGACAAAGCUAAAGCAUUGAACAAUAACAACUUCUAUUUUUUGUAAUUUAUUUGAACCCAGUAGAGAUAAUCUCUAACAAGAAUUCAGAAAGUUGCACCGAAACCAAACUAUUUUUAUGCCUCCGUUGCGAAGAAGCCGGAGGCAUUAUUUCUUCAAUGAUUAAAAGGGAUUUAAUGAGCUAUAACAAAAAACGAAGUUGCAACCUUGCAAAUCUUUAACUUGUUUUGCUUUUUGUUCCUUGUAUUUGAAAACAGAUUGCAAAACGAUAUAUAUAUUUUUUUUUUAACAACUUAAUAUUUUUUGCCAUAACCAGAAUUUGAUUGCUGCAAAAUUUCGGGUAAAUUGGAGUGUAAGCGGGACUUGCAUGAAAAUACAUAACUUUGUGUCGCGAUAUUUUUGGUUAGAUCAUUGUACUCACUCGGGGAUAAAAAUUAAACUGAAAGGUUCAUUAUAAUAUAUUUUGUAACAAAUGUAUUGCGGUACAUUAUUGAAGUAUACUUAGGGUAAAUUAUUUAUGAGUAAUUUAAAUAAAUGUGUGUGUUUAUUACCAAAGACCUUCGCAGUUCUGAUCUAAGUUUAAUUGAAAGCAUGAAGAGAAGUAUGAGACUAACUGACUAAGUCUCUUUUUUGUGAUUAGAAACGUAUUUUAAACCAAAAAUCUUGCAAAAGAGAUAUUGCCAAUUUCCAUAAUUAGAUCUGUGCUUCUCUGAUGCAAAUGUACCGCACAGAUGCAUUUUAUGUAUUUGUUUUCCUUUCCUAAUGUACUACUGAAAUCUAAUCACGUACCCGUGAAACCUUCGGUCACAAUUCGGAGCCAUUUCUCUCCGUUCCUUUAAAUUCCCUAACUUAUUCCAACAAAACUCUGUCGGUGUUACAAGUGGUGUCCGUAAAUGUACAGUAAUUAAACAGUAUCAUAUACAUGUACCACAUUGAGAUAAUAUGUUAACAUACUUUUAUACACUGAUUUUCAAAUAACAUUACCCAUCUUGUUACUUUACACUGUUUCGUUCAUUUUAUGACGUCAGCAACACUUUUUGUUUCUUUCACAUGAGUUUCAUGUUGUAAAGGGGUGAAUAAAUCUUCAUUCUCUUUGUAUUGUUACAAAACAUAAA